AUGGACACCCCAGUAGACUCGACCCAGCGUCGAAGCGACCCAACGUGCAUCAGUUCGAUUGACGUUGUGCAUGAUGGCAACGAUGCGCCCACACUACCGGUACUCCUGGCGAGCUCCGAAAACACUCUCAUUGACAGGUUGCUGGACCGGCAGCCGUUGAGGGUAGAAAGCCUGCUGAGAAAUGCCCAAUAUCAGGGCCAAACUGCGGACCUAGAAGCAGCUGAAUGGAUAUCAGAGCAUGUUCCCGGGCCCAAUGUCACCGACAAGCAGACCGUCCUCAAUCUCGCCGUCAUGGCUUCUGAUGCAUAUGUUCCUGCUUCUGAUGAUCCUGCAUGGCUCAACUGGACUGGCGGAUUCAAUCGGUCACGGAGCUUCGGCUUCCAAUCCGAUGGCAUAAGAGGACAUAUCUUUGCUGACCAGGGCAAUUCCACCAUAGUCAUCGCCAUCAAAGGCACCGAAAGGGCUAUUUUUGAGGGUGCAGGGACUUCCACGAACGACAAGAUCAACGACAAUCUCCUCUUCAGCUGCUGUUGUGCACAACAGGGGCAUUGGUUUUGGCAUCAGGUCUGUAGUUGCGCUACUAACACAUACCAAUGCGAUAAAAACUGCUUGAUCAGAGAACUCAUCGCAGAGAAUCAUUACUACAGAGCUACACUUGAUCUCUACAGCAAUGUCACAGAGCUCUAUCCUGACUCUACCAUUUGGCUAACUGGCCACUCGCUUGGUGGGGCCCUAAGCAGUUUACUUGGUUUGACCUACGGUCAUCCAGCGGUGACCUUCGAAGCGCCCCCGGACGCACUUGCUGCUGAGCGUCUUGGCUUACCAUUGCCUCCUGGCAGCAUCUCCCAUCAUACAAGAUCCCACACUGGUGUUUCUCACUUUGGCAACACUGCCGACCCGGUAUACAUGGGCUCAUGCGAUUCACUUCUUUCUUUAUGCAGCAUAUGGGGCUAUGCGUUCGAGUCACAGUGUCACACCGGUGCAAGAUGUGUGUAUGAUACCGUGACAGACAAAGGAUGGUGGGCGAGCGUUGGCCAUCAUGGCAUUGAAGGAGUCAUCAAUAACGUGAUCAAAGUGUAUGGGGAGGUUCCGAAUUGUGAACCUGAAGAUGCUGAGUGUGUCGACUGCUUCAACUGGAAGUUUGAUGGCACAACCACGACAACAACUGCAUCCUCGACAAGCCUUACCCCAACAUCGUCUUCCAGAUCACAUACACGUACCCAAACCUGCAGGACGCCCGGAUGGUGGCAUUGUCUGGAUAAGACGUCUUCCUCUAUAAGUACAUUUACAGCAUCAGUAUCAGCGCCAACAACUACAUGUCAUACGCCAGGUUGGUUUGGAUGCAAGGAUCCAACUUCCACAUCUAUGGUGUCCUCCGCUUCUGUCGCUACUCUGACUAGCCAAGCAAGGGCGGAGAGAUGA